AUGAGAAAGCUUUACAAAGAAGCCAGUAUUGAAUCAGGAAAUGACAUUAUCCAUUACUUGGUAUCUGAAGACAUUAUCUACAUAUGUGUUACUGAAAAGUCAUAUCCUCGAAAGUUGGCAUUUUUAUAUUUAGAAGAAGUUGGUAGAGAAUUCCAAUCAUCUCAUGGACGGGAUGCUUUAAGUACUUCGGCUAGGCCUUUUGGCUUCAGUUCCUUUGAUACCUAUUUGACAAAAACGAAGAGAAUUUAUCAAGAUCAGAGAGCACGUUCCAAUUUGGAUAAGUUGAACAAUGAGUUGGCUGAUGUUAAAAAGGUUAUGACAAAGAAUAUUGAAGAUUUACUUUACAGAGGCGAUUCUUUAGAUAAAAUGAGCGACCUUUCCUCAAGUUUACGAAACGAUUCUAUCAAGUAUCGUAAGAAGGCUCAAAGAAUAAACUUUGAGGCCAUGUUACGUCAGUACGUGCCAAUUGUGGGUGUUGGGUUAAUGUUUGUGUUCUUGGUGUGGUAUAUGUUCUUACGUUAA